GCUCGAGGAGAGAGUGGUCAAGACUGAGGCCUAGCGCCGUUAGAGCGGGGCCUGAGGAGCCUCGGGGUCAGUUACCGCGGGGCCCGGGCCUAGGUGUGGGCGGCCAUGGCCGGCCUGAGUAAGGAGGAGUACCUGAAGCGGUACCUGAGCGGCGCGGAGCCGGGCCACAAGCGGACCAGGAAAAAGCGGAAAGUGAAGAUUAAAGGCGGAGGAAUGCGGAUUGUGGAUGAUGAUGUGACCUGGAAAAGCCUGGAGAAGGAGAAGGAGAAGGAGGCAGCAGAGGAUGAGGAUGAUGAAGCCCCUGUGGUGGCAGAGUUCAUUGAUGAAAGGCCUGAAAUUGUUCAACAAAUGGAGGAAUUCCGUCUGAGCAAUAAGUGGAAAAUUUUAGGAGAUGCAAACGAAGAAUUCCAAGAUGCUGAUGUGUUCCUACACGCAAGUCAAGAUGGCUUGAUAACAGGUUCUGAGUUGGCACAAAGAAAAAAGAUUGAAACUGAUUCUCAGGUUUCUGAGAGAAAAACAAGGAGAAUUUCCCCUGACCUUUCACCUCCCAGGAGGGGUCGCCAUGAUUCUCCUGAUCUUUCACCUCCCAGGAGGGGUCGCCAUGAUUCUCCUGAUCUUUCACCUCCCAGGAGGGGUCGCCACGAUUCUCCUGAUCCUUCACCUCCCAGGAGGGGUCGCCACGAUUCUCCUGACCUUUCACCUCCCAGGAGGGGUCGCCACGAUUCUCCUGAUCCUUCACCUCCCAGGAGGGGUCGCCACGAUUCUCCUGACCUUUCACCUCCCAGGAGGGGUCGCCACGAUUCUCCUGAUCUUUCACCUCCUAGGAGAGGUCGCCAUGAUUCUCCUGACCUUUCACCUCCCAGGAGGGGUCGCCAUGAUUCUCCUGAUCUUUCACCUCCCAGGAGGGGUCGCCACGGUUCUCUUGACCUUUCACCUCCCAGAAAACUUUCUAAAAACACAGAGAAAUGUAUCAAAUCUACAGACUUGCCUCCUAGAAGAACUCGUAGUAGUUCCCCUGACUUAUCACCAGCUCGUUGUAAACGCCAUGACUCCUCAGAUUCCUCGUCAGCUGGGAAUGCUGCACACUCUUCUGACUCUGACUUGUCUCCUCCUCGGAAAAGACAAAGUAGUUCCUUAGAUUCGCAAACAGCUGCAGGAAGGAGGGGAGCUAACGCACAAGGUUUGUCCCCCAGCAAACAAAAGAAUAGGAGAACCACUAGGUCUCCAAGGAGAUGGCAGCACCCUGAUUCUGACCUUUCACCUCCACGAAAGAGGGGUCAGCGUUCUUCUGACUCUGACUUGUCACCACCACGGAGGAAGAGGCCAGGGGUAGCUGAUACGGAAUAUACGCUCUGCUCAGACGGCUCUGAGCUGUCACCUGCUCGGCACGGCCUGCCUUCCAGUAAGCUGGCUUCCUCGAGGAGACAAGGGGCCAGUUGGGACAUGAGUCCAAGCAGAAAGUCACAAGGGAAUGAGAUGCUUUCGGGGGGUCAGACUGGUCUGAUAUCAACAGAGAUUCUGAGGAAAGAGAAAGAACACCGGAGGCAAAGGGAGCGAGCAGCGGAUUGUUUCGCAGAUGACUCUAGGCAUGCUACUACUGUCUUCCGAGACAAAUCAGGAAAAAAGAGGGACUUAGACCAGGAGAGAAUUCUGCAUAAAAAGAAGGAAGAGGAGAAAGCAGCAAAGCAAGAAAAAUACGCCCAGUGGGGCAAAGGAGUGGCUCAGGAAGAGCAGCAGAGAAAGAAUGUCCAGGAUGCUCUUCACGAGAUGCAGAAACCGCUUGCUCGGCACAUCGAUGAUGAGGACCUGGAUCGCUUCCUCCGUGAGAAACUGCGAGAUGGAGACCCAAUGGCUGGCCUACUCGGGAAGAAGAAGGAGAAAGAAGCCAAAAAUAAAAAUGCGAGACCAGUGUAUAGUGGCCCUGCGCCCCCUCCAAACAGGUUUAAUCUCCAACCUGGAUAUCGCUGGGAUGGUGUCGACAGAUCGAAUGGCUUUGAACAGAAACGUUAUGCGAGAUUGGCAGAUAAGAAGGCUGUGCAGGAGAUUGCAUACAAAUGGAGUGUGGAGGAUAUGUAAACUGCUGAUCGAGAUUCGGGGUCAUGCACACUCCUUCAGACUGAGAUCCUGAGACUCUCUGCAGAAUGAGAUGUACAAAACCUUCACUGAAACUCUGGGGUCUGAAUAUCUGGGAACAAUUAUGAUGAAAAUCUUUUUACUCUUGUUAACAUUCUGUUGUUUUUGAAUACAAAGUUUGUACUGUAUGGGUAAAGUCUGUUCUGAGAUUGGUCAUUUUGAUCAUUUAUCAUUCAGACAGUGAAUACCUGUGGUUCUAAUUGAGUAGGCAAUUCAUGUCAGAUGCUCUCUCUCUCUUCUCCUUCCCCUGUCACCAAUAUUCUAUUCGAUACUCUGCUGCCAUUAUUUCCAAAUCUGAAUUUAUUUUGGAAUUUAUUUGAAUUUAAGUUUUUAAUAUUUUGUGGCUGAAAAUCUGAAUGUUUUAACAUUCUCUAGUCAUUCUCUUGAAUGCUGAGAUCAAUUUUGUUCCUUUUUUAAUAAGUGGAAGCAAAUCAGUAAAAUGUUUUUUGGAAGUAUGUUUGAAAACAAGGACAUUAGACUGUUUGCCAUGUUUCGAUAUAACUUGAUGACUUGUACUGUCAGUGAGGGCACUUGAUUCUACUUCCAGAACAUGCUCCCCGCUUCCUCUUAGCUGCUGUUUGAAAAUCCACCAUUGUCUUUGUUAUCUCAAGACUCGACUAUACCAACAGCUCACUUAAACUUAAUAUUAACCAAA